AUGAUAGGGUGCGUACUAUUUCCUGAUGCGAGCAAGACUCUCGUACAUGCACGAUGGCUGCCACUGCUGGAGGAUUUUGGUGUAUGCGGGGCACUAUCGUGGGGCAGUGCGGUGUUGGCAUAUUUGUAUCGAGAAUUGAGUAGAGUAUCUCUGAUGCAGAAUAAAGAAUUCAAGGGAUGCUGUACGUUGAUACAGAUUUGGUCAUGGGAGCGCAUUCAUAUUGGACGACCCACUUUACUUAUGCACCGUGACUUAGAGGGGCAGUAUCCGUUGGCAUACAGGUAUAACGUGCGAUACGCUCAGUACAAAUCAGCGACGCGUCACCGUCAGUUUUACCGAAAUGAGCUUGAUGGCCUCCAGCAUGAACAGUUCAAGUGGAGACCCUAUACACCGCCGGAGCUCGAUAUACAUUCUCUUGCACCUAUCUGCCGAGAUAGUCCCGGCUUGUGGAGAGCCAGAGUUCCAUUGAUCUGUUGGGAGAUCGUAGAGAUGCAUGUACCGGACCGUGUGCUACGGCAGUUUACACUCUCUCAGCAUAUUCCAGAUCCUGUCGAGCAGAUCAAUCGUCGGCGGCGCCCUACAUCGCACCGGACUGACUGGGCCGUAGUCCGUGCGGACUACAUAGGCAGGUGGGUUCAGAGGUGGGAUUGCAUACAGGAUACGAGGCCCACAGCUGUUGACUAUACCACGUAUAUGCGUUGGUAUUGGGGUAUCACACGUAGAUGGAUCACGCGUGACCCACAGCCUUUAGCUGGACACAUGCCACGCCCACCGACAGAUAGUUACAUCCCUAGUGGGAUGAACGAGAGAGAUUACGUCCGUGUUUUAGAUAGCAUUGAUGCUGAUAUUGAUGCGCACGUGACUGAGAUUCAGGAUCAGGUGGCGUUAGGUCUCCUCAGCAGGAUCAAGAAGAGCAUAGCGCAGGUGUUCCAUAAGACUCACGUCGACGAGUUCGCAGGCCGUGAGGACAGGUCUCGCUCAUUUGGACGGGCGUACGCUCGACGUCGACGGCCGCGUAAAUAUACAAAACCUGCACAGAAGCUGUGCACGCUGGGUGACCUGCAACUUCACGGGAGUUGA